AUGAUUGGAAGCUACCAUAUGCAAUACGGCCACGGAAUCAGUGCACAUACUACAAGGCUGUUCAGUCCUCUGCUGGCCUUCCGCGAUGUGACCAGGCCAAAUCCAGCCAAAGGCGAAAAAGGGUCUGUGAUGGUGGGCAUGUACCAUCACUGCAGAAAGUGGGUGCCCAUCGAAGGGGUGAAGGACAUCCAAGCAAAGGUUUGA